GUAUAAAAAUGGCGACUUCCAUCAGCACGCGAAAAUUUAGACUAACGGUAACUUUUUCAGUCUGAGUGUGGACCAGCAAAAGUGUAUACAGUCACCAUGUCUCAAAUGAUCCAGACAUGGGUGAACGAUCAACUACACGAUAUUCUGGGAAUAUCAGACAAGUACAUUGCCCAGUAUUUAAUCGGGCUAGCGACAAAAGCAUCGAGUGCAGAUGGCUUCAUAGAAAAGCUGAAGGACACUGGAACAGUAGAAGUUGAUGCAAACAUGGUUAAAUUUGCUCACGAACUUUGGGGAAAGGUGCCCCACAAGCAGGUGUUAGAGAAACCUGCCCGGGCUGCAGAGAGAGCUGCUAUAGAACUAGAGAAGAAAAACCAAAGUUAUCGUCUGUUAUCUGAUGAGGAGGAGGAGGAAGUCAAUCCAACACCUGUUAAGAGAUCCAAGCUAGAGAAGAAAAAAAGAAAUAUUCGCAAGAAGAGAGAAUCUAGUUCAGAGUCUGAGAGUGACAGGGAUGCUUCGGGUAGCCAUGGCAACGCCAACCCUGAUGCAGACGACAGCAUGGACUCUGAUUCUUCAGAUGCAGACGAGAAAGAGCGAAUAUCAGAUCUGAAGGAGAGGGACCAGUUUGCUGCCAGACUCCGAGAUAAGGACAAAGAGAAGACUCGCCAAGUCAUGUCCAAGUCCGACAAAAAAUCUUAUGAAGAAGCAGCAAAACGGCUAAAGCUGGAGAAUGAAGAUCGUAAAAAAAUAGUUCCGAAGUUAAGAGAGAAAUCCCGACGUGAAUAUCUGAAGAAGCGUGGCCUUGACAAAUUGGAUGAUCUGGAAGCAGAUGUUCAGGAUGAAGAAUACCUGUUUGGGAGCAUGAAAUUGAGCAAACGGGAAAAGAAAGAUUUAGAAUACAAGAAAAAGGUGUUAACACUGGCAAAAGAGCACAAAAAGUUACGAGACUCUGAAAAAGUAGACCGGUAUUACCUUCCGAAAGAUGAUGUGAAACCCUCGGAGCGCUAUGUUGAGGACGAGACAGAACGAGGCCCGAACUACGAGCAGCGGCGAUGGGAAGAUGACCAUCUUCACUCGGCAGUACACCAGUUUGGGGCAAGAGAUGCCAGACAAAAAGCCAAGGAGAAACAAAAGAUUAAGGACUAUGAGAUGAUUAUGGAUGAUGAGAUAGAGUUUGUCCAAGCUUUACAGAUGCCAGGAACCAGGAAAGGGAAGGACCAAGAGCCGGAAUUGUCGGAGGCUGACAGGAAGAAAAUGACGUUGGAGGAGACCAAAAAGAGCCUCCCGAUAUAUCCUUUUAAGAAGGAUUUGAUCCAGGCGGUGAAGAAUCAUCAGGUGUUGAUCAUAGAGGGCGAGACUGGAUCAGGGAAGACAACUCAGAUUCCCCAGUACCUCUAUGAGGCGGGGUUUUGCCAGAACAAAAUCAAGGUGGGAUGUACCCAGCCUAGGAGAGUGGCAGCCAUGUCUGUUGCUGCUCGUGUGUCAGAAGAGCUGGGCUUUAAACUGGGAAAUGAGGUGGGCUACAGCAUUAGGUUUGAGGACUGUACAUCGGAGCGGACAGUGGUAAAAUACAUGACAGAUGGGAUGUUGUUACGAGAGUUCCUCGGGGAGCCUGACCUGGCAAGUUACAGUGUGUUAAUCAUUGACGAGGCUCACGAGCGUACCCUCCACACUGAUAUCCUGUUUGGUUUGGUGAAGGACAUUGCCAGAUUCCGACCCGAUCUCAAACUGCUCAUCUCCAGCGCAACGAUGGAUGUGGAAAAAUUCUCUGAGUUUUUCGACAAUGCCCCAAUAUUCAGAAUUCCCGGACGUAGAUUUCCUGUGGAUAUAUUUUACACAAAGGCUCCUGAAGCUGAUUACAUAGACGCGGCAGUGGUGUCGGUGUUACAGAUACACUGCACCCAGCCCCUGGGGGAUGUCCUCGUCUUCCUUACUGGUCAGGAGGAGAUAGAGACAGCCAGCGAGAUGCUCCUUGAACGAACAAAAAAGCUGGGAUCUAAAAUAAAAGAGCUGAUCAUUGCCCCUAUUUAUGCAAAUCUGCCGUCAGAGCUACAGGCCAAGAUAUUUGACCCCACCCCGCCUGGGGCAAGGAAGGUUGUGCUGGCCACAAACAUCGCUGAGACCUCCCUGACUAUUGAUGGCAUCAUCUAUGUGAUAGACCCUGGUUUCUGUAAACAGAACAGUUACAAUGCUAGGACAGGAAUGGAGUCCCUGGUCGUCACACCAAUAUCCAGAGCAUCAGCCAAUCAGCGAGCAGGUAGAGCGGGGCGUGUGGCGGCAGGAAAAUGUUUCCGACUGUACACAGCAUGGGCGUACAAGAAUGAACUGGAGGAAAACACCAUACCUGAGAUUCAAAGAACCAACCUGGGCAAUGUGGUGUUGUUGUUGAAGAGUCUGGGGAUCAAUGAUCUGAUUCAUUUUGACUUCAUGGACCCCCCACCCCACGAGACUCUCGUGUUAGCCCUGGAGCAGCUGUAUGCCUUGGGAGCGCUCAACCAUCAAGGGGAGCUGACCAAGUUAGGCAGACGAAUGGCUGAGCUUCCUGUGGAUCCCAUGCUAUCCAAAAUGAUCCUCGCAUCUGAAAAAUAUAAAUGUUCAGAAGAAAUCCUCAGCAUAACGGCCAUGUUGUCUGUCAACAAUGCCAUCUUUUACCGGCCCAAGGAUAAGAUCGUUCAUGCUGACACGGCCAGGGUUAACUUCUUCCGACCUGGGGGAGAUCACUUGACCCUGCUGAAUGUAUACGACCAGUGGGUAGAGACAGACUUCUCCACGCAGUGGUGUUAUGAGAAUUUCAUCCAGCACCGCAGCAUGAGGAGAGCGCGAGAUAUUCGGGAGCAGUUAGAGGGACUGAUGGAGCGUGUGGAGAUAGAGAUGACUAGUAACCCUGGUGACACAGUCGGCAUCAGGAAGGCCAUCACCGCUGGAUUUUUCUACCACACAGCUCGCCUGAGUAAGAGUGGCGAGUAUAAAACAGUGAAACACCAGCAGACAGUCAUGGUCCACCCUAACAGCGCCCUGUUUGAGGACCGCCCCCGCUGGGUCAUCUAUCACGAGCUGGUCUUCACCACAAAGGAGUUUAUGAGACAGGUUGUGGAGAUUGAAAACCAGUGGCUGUUAGAAGUGGCACCUCACUAUUACAAGGCCAAGGAACAAGAUGCUUCAGGGAAGAAAAUGCCAAAGAACACGGGAAAAUCUCGCAGUGAGGUGACACGGAAAUAUGAUACAUGAGACAAUGUCGUGUGGAUUCAACAUCAGUGUAUCAUUUUCACAUUGAACAUUUUUGUAUGAUGGUUGAAGAUUCUCCAAAAUGUAAAUUUGUAUAUUAUAAGCACAUAAUCCACCCCUUUGUGCAUCUGAUCCAAAAGUUUGAUGUACAUACAUAUGUAAAUAUACUAAAUAAAUAUUAUAUUAAACUUCA